UUUACAGGAAUCCAAGAUGGUAGAGAUUGAGUUCCCAAAUGUCAGCAUACUAGCAGAUUUAUGUCAGUUAUAGCUUAUACUUUCAUUAUCUUAUAAAACGAAAGAAACAUACAAAAACAUAAGCACAAAAAUAUUAAAAUAAAAACAGUUUAUAAGCAUGGCCGAUUCACCAGACCACAGCAAGGAUAACUUGGUCGAAAAAGCUGAUGGGGCUAAAGAUACCCAUGGGAAAGGAAAGGUGGAUGUAGGCGGCAAAGACAAACCGGCAACAGAUAAGGAAAAAGGAAAGGGUGACAAACAAACCAGCAGCCAGCGCGGAUCCCUGACCAAGCCCAAUAUUACGGGUAUAGCUACGCCAAUGGGCAUGCCCCAACAGAAGCCAACAUUGCGUUACAUGCCAAACUAUCGCUUGGAACCAAAGAAUCCUCUGAAGAAGGAAUGGCUGGAGAUUGCUAUGAAAGAUGUUAUGAACAAGAAUUAUCAUAACGAGUACAUGUUUCAUCCGAAGCAUUCAUUGCAUUUGGCUGCUCAGGUCAGCGAGGAGAUUAAGAAUCGUAUAAAACUUAUGAACUAUGAUAGAUAUCGUUACAUCGUCCUGGUAACCGUGGGCGAAAAUUUAAUGCAAGGCCUCUACGCAAUGGUUAAUUUCCUGUGGGAUGCUGAAAAGGAUGGCUUCGUUUCCCAUACCAUCGAAACACCGAGAUUUUUUGCACUCUGCACUGUAUAUUACAUAUACUAUGAUUGAACACAAGGACAUCGUCAGCCAAUGUGAUUAGGUAAAUAGGUAAACCGUGCCUCUAGAUUUGAACAAGCGUUAAAAUUUUUGUUUUCGCCAAACUUCGAAUUAUUAAGUGUAGUGCUAUAUAACGAGACUAUUUAUGAAAUUAAAAUAAAUACUUUGAAAUCAAA